GCCUGGAAGGGCUCGCUAUUUGGAUCAUAAACCCGACUGAUCAACCGUAUCUUCUCUUAUUCUCUGCUAUUGUUCAUUUUAUUUCCCCUCGACACGUUCCAAGCGUGGAAAACCCAAGGCACCCUGGCAGGGAUUGGCUCGGAACUCAGCAGCGAUAAGUAGCAUGCACCGCCACAGCCCCUAUCUAGACUCCGCUUGAGGCUUCCCUUCCAAUCCGCUUCCCAACCUCGGACAUGCGAUAUGGAAUCUCAGCAGGACCGUGGAUUCCUGAUCAUGGAGCAUCCCGAUAUGAACAACCAUGAUUCAGAUGGCUCGGGGUCCUCGGACGAGCUUCUGCAACAGCCCUACGCUGUGAGAUCGACCCCCGGUUUUCCAGAGAAUUUCGACGGCCAAAUCCAAACCCCAGCGACCACCAUCUCCUCCUCACCUCCCUCAUCCAUUCCUCCCGGUCUUCCAGCAUGGGCAACCGGUACACCCACACGCCCGCGAGGUGCCAGCAUCGGUGCUUCGGCCGCUCUCGAUAAGACCCCACCGAUUGAUGGCCUUCCCGUCACCGAACGUGAACUGAGGCCGCAGCGUCCGUCCGGCCCCGCCCGGACGCCCUCCAACACCUACGCGCCCCAACGACGCCCACCUCAGUAUAUAAGCUUCCAGAAUGACCGUCAGCGAAGCUCUUCAACGAAACGGAACUCUAGACGCGACCCUAAUGCACAGUACCGAGCCCAGGAGAAGGCGUAUGUCCAGCGCAUCCGCGCCGACCCACAGGCUUGGUACAGUCAUUUCGACGAGGCCCAAAGCAUGGGCGUGGCGGUUGGGGACUCAGAUCUGGAAGAACCGUCGCCGUCUUCAGAGGUCCCCUUCGAAGACGAUGCUUACGACCCGGACAUCCAACUCUUCCUCACUGACGACAAUCAACCGACGAUCGAGGAACUCAAGAGCCCAAGAAAUCAAGAAAGGCUGGAGUGGCAUUCUAUGCUUUCCUCCGUAUUGAAGGGAGACGUGGUAAAACAGGAAAAGCAGCGACUGCUCGGAUCCGCCGAAUCGAAGCGAUCGUCGGCUCAGAAUAAUGCAAUAUGGUUGGGUGUCAGAGCUAGGAUGUGCGGAAGGAGCGUUGCUCUACAAAGAAAGCUCAUUGAGGAAUCAAGGGCUGGGCUUGGCCCCGUUAUUGAAGAAAUCAUCAAGUUUGAGAUCAAAGGUGAAACAGAGAUCGGAAAGCCACCCAUCAAGCAGGUUGAGGACAUCGUCAGACAAAUCGAAAGGUGUGAAAGCCUGUACUCUACUCACAAAGAGUUAGAAACCGCAAACCCUCGGGUUGCUUCGGAGGAGUUUUGUUCGAGUCGCGAUGCUGUCUUUGCCUGGCAUAACACGACGAUCUUAAUCAACACCGAGCUCGCUAUUCUGCAAAAAUGGGUUGGGAACGAUGAGCUGGAUUUCAGCAAGCCGAGGACCAAAUCUAUCAACAGCGAUCUUUCUGACGAAUCUUUUUUUCUUGAUCGUAUCAUGAAGGAAGAUGGUCUAAAGACGCUUCAAGGAAAGCAUAACAUGCUCCAUGGCAUUGGGGAGGUUAUUCAAAAAGCCAAGAACACACUGAUCGAGAACGCGAAUUCCUUCGCUAAACGGCAUUUGCCUCCCUAUAUUGAAGAGCUUCUUACUUUAAUCAACUUCCCGUCGCGCCUCAUACAGGAGAUCAUACGCGUUCGACUAUCUUAUGCUAAGAAUAUGAAAGACCCAGCUCAACAAUCACCCAUCUUGGUUGAUCAAAUGAUAUCGCAGUUUCAGAUUCUGAUGAAGGUAGCGGUGGAUAUAAAACAACAUUACUUGGAUAUCGCCAGGCCCGAGCCGGGGUGGGAUCUACCUCCUUGCAUUGACGAAGGUUUCGACGCAGUUGUUCUGGAUGCCAUGAAGUAUUAUUUCCGGCUUCUAAAUUGGAAGUUGAAUGCGAACAAGAACACUUUCAAAGAAGCUGAAAUCUUGGAACAGGAUUGGGAGUUUUCCAACGAGGUUGGCCGUCAACUUGAGGGUGGAGAUAUCGAGGUUGCUGAGCAGUUCAGUGCACUGACUGCAAAGUCAAUCCAACGCCUAAUGAUCCACUUCGAGCGGGAAUUGACGAUCCGCCAUAACGAGGAUCCAGCCGACAUGGACAAGCGAUACAAGAGUGUUUUGGACUCAACCCGAAUUCGCCAACGAAAACUUUAUCGGUUUUCUCGGUUUCUGCGCCAGUUGUUCGAAAAUGCUACCGAAUAUAAUUUGCCGGCUGAUAUUGCAUACGAUUUCUUGGAGUCAUUACUUAUUUCGGAUCAUUUCAUGAUCAAAUCAAAUGUCUCUGUUGGUCAGAAAGGCGUCUAUCUUUUUGCGCAUCCCGCAUUGUGGGACCGCCCUGCCGACAUCCAAGCUAUCUUAGGCACAUCUUUCCGUGAGGAUGAUACAAUCAAGGAUACACCGCAUGCACCUUAUAUCCUAGUGGUUCGUCCGGAAAAGCCCCUGUCCUGGGCUGGCAAGGAGAUGCAAUUGGGUAUCAUGGAACAACCCACGGACUUGCGAUUGGGCAAAUUGCGUCUCGUCGUUGAGGGGACGCAGCAGCGUUUGUCUAAUGCUAGACAUGAGCUGGCACAUCUAACUGGCAUCCAGCUCGAUAUGGCCAUUGAACAACGUGCGAAUCUUGGCCGAGUGAAUGUGGAACUUAACAAGAUCAAGAAAAUUUCGUUCAAGCUGUCAAUGACUAUCAUGGAUAGCGUGGCCACCAUCAGGGAUCAGCUAAAACAGAUAGGCGUGGAAAACCAUGAUUUGAUUCAAGCAUGCUAUGCCUUUGCAACCGAGUUUGGAAAGCGUUCUUCAAAUGUUGAUCCCAACAGACGGGCAAUGAACAGCGCGAGACUCGUCGAAUUAUCCCUCGAUUGGGUGUCCUUCAUCUGUGAUGACUGUGAUGCUGCUGAUCGGAAGACUUUCAAGUGGGCUGUCGCUGCUUUAGAGUUUGCGAUGGCCAUCACCUCCAGCAGACACCUGCUGUCGAUGGAUGAUGCGCAGUUUAGUCGACUGAGGCAGAAGGUGGCCGGGUGCAUGUCGCUUCUUAUAUCCCACUUUGACAUUAUGGGUGCCCGAUCGUCUCGUGCGGCUCAAGCCGAAAAGCAACGCUUGGAAGAGCGCGGUGGCUCCAGGCGGAUGGGUGCAGGUCGGAUCUUGACAGAUGAAGAGGCGACCAAGCUGGUUCAAGAGCAGCGUGUGGCUCACCUGAUCGAGAUCGAGGAAAGACGUGUCGACGAAGACGCGAAGCGCCAGGCAUUGGGACGGGUCUUGGAGGGCUCCAAUGAAGCGGAUAGGUCUCUUACGGUACUUUCGUCUUCGGCUACGAAUGUCAAUCUACGGUGGCAACAGGGUCAAUUCAUUGGUGGUGGAACGUUUGGAUCCGUGUACGCUGCGAUUAACCUUGACAGUAAUUAUCUCAUGGCUGUCAAGGAGAUUCGUCUGCAGGAUCCCCAACUCAUUCCCAAGAUUGCCCAGCAAAUUCGCGAUGAAAUGGGUGUUCUGGAAGUGUUGGACCACCCCAACAUCGUCUCUUACCACGGAAUCGAAGUGCACCGCGACAAGGUCUACAUUUUCAUGGAAUACUGCUCCGGCGGAUCCCUCGCCAGCUUGCUUGAGCAUGGGCGCGUUGAGGAUGAAACAGUCAUCAUGGUCUACGCUCUUCAAUUGCUGGAGGGUUUGGCGUACCUGCAUCAGGCUGGCAUUAUUCACCGCGAUAUUAAGCCCGAGAAUAUCCUGCUUGAUCAUAACGGUAUUAUCAAAUAUGUCGAUUUUGGAGCUGCCAAGAUCAUUGCCCGUCAGGGUAGAACUGUUGCCCCCUUGGAUGCCUUCGCUGGUGCAGGUCAUAAGGACGCUAUUGUUCCCAAGGAACCCCAGCUGGCUCACAACAAUUGGGGCAAAAACCAGAAGACUAUGACCGGCACCCCUAUGUAUAUGUCUCCCGAGGUGAUCCGCGGAGAUACUACCAAGCUUAUCCAUCGCCAGGGAGCAGUCGACAUCUGGUCAUUAGGAUGUGUGAUCCUGGAGAUGGCUACAGGUCGUCGCCCUUGGUCCACCCUGGAUAACGAAUGGGCCAUCAUGUACAACAUUGCCCAAGGGAACCAGCCCCAACUGCCACCACGAGAUCAGCUCAGCGAUCUAGGCAUCGACUUCCUCCGUCGAUGCUUCGAAUGCGAUCCAUUGAAGAGAUCCACUGCAGCCGAACUCCUUCAACAUGAAUGGAUCGUAUCAAUCCGCCAACAGGUCGUGCUUGAGCCACCAACCCCUGGCAGUGACAACAGUGGCGGUAGCUCUACUUCGGGCAGUCGUCAAAAUUCGGCAUAUCUAUGAACCCGGAUUUUCCAGGAUUUCGAUAUAGCAUGAUGCCACCCCUUCUUUUCUCAUUCCAUUACAAAAGCUUCAUGAUCUUCCCCAUUUGCUGCCUUCACCCGAAGUUUCCCUGCUUGCGAUCAGCCAUUCAUACACGAGAAGAUUGCAUUUGAUACCCCUCCUUAUACAUUCAUUACUACCUGUCCCGCUCACAUAUCUCAGUUGUACUGUUCAACUUUGCUCUUUACUUCUUUGCUCGUGGAAGUUCCCUCGAUAGCUAUAUAACAUUGCUGUAGUCCAGGAUGGGCUUGGUUCAACUACUAACAUCUAUUGAUUGUAAUGAUGCUCAAGAAAACGCAAGAGCAUACAUAGUUCCACUAUAUAUACAUCUAUAAUUUUGCUAUACCAAAA